UGCCCCCGAAGCGCAGGAGCCACUCGAUCACCUCGUGGUGACCGAAGCGGGCUGCCAGGUGCAGGAUGGUGGCACCGGAGUUGUCUGUGUCCGGGGAGACCCUCCAGCGCCGUGGAAGGAGGGAGGCAGGGAGGCUGCCCGCCGGCAGGUGCCGGCAGCUGCCCGUGCCGGCCCGAAGGCCGUGGCCUCCGUCAGCCGCCGCGCAGGCAGGGCGCACCCCGGGGCAGGCGGCCGAGCGCGGGGAGGCGGAGGGGCCCCCAGUCCCGGUGGGGCGCACACAGCUCCCCAGGUGGUACCGGAGCUCCGCCCCCCUGGCCCCGGAGCUCCGCCCCCCUGGCCCGGAGCUCCGCCCCCCGCUCCCCCCCCCCCUCCCCGCUCCGCCCCCGCGCGGCGCCAGCCGGCAGAGCGCCGGCCCCGCCCUCCAGUGCCGGCGCGGGGGCGUGGCGAGGCGCUGCCCGCCAAUGGGGCGGCGCGCGGGGGGUGGGCGGGUCCCCCGGAGGGGGCGUGGCGUGGCGAGGCGUGGUGGUGCCGCAGCGCCGUUGACGGGCGGGGCGCCGGUGCCGCCAUGUCGGAGCGGGGGGCCGCGGGCCCGGGGCCGGCCGCCAUCCAGGUGUCCAGGAUCAUGCGCCCGGAUGACGCCAAUGUCGCGGGGAAUGUCCACGGGGGAACCAUCCUGAAGAUGAUCGAGGAGGCGGGAGCCAUCAUCAGCACCCGCCACUGCAACUCCCAAGCUGGGGAGCCCUGUGUGGCCGCGCUGGCGCGGGUGGAGCGGACGGACUUCCUCUCCCCGGUGUGCAUCGGCGAGGUGGCCAACGUCAGUGCCGAGAUAACCUACACCUCCCGGCACUCUGUGGAGGUCCAGGUCAACGUCAUGUCCGAAAACAUCUUAACAGGGGCGAAGAAGGUGACGAACAAGGCGACGCUGUGGUAUGUGCCACUGUCCCUGAAGAACGUGAACAAGGUCCUUGAGGUUCCCCCCAUCCAGUACGCCAGAAAGGAGCAGGAGGACGAGGGGAAGAAGCGCUAUGAGGAGCAAAAGCUGGAUAGGCUGGAAACUAAGCAGAGAAACGGCGACGUGAUCUUCCCCGUCAUCAACCCAGAUAGGCAGACAAAAGAGCCGCACACCGUCAGCUACAGCCAGUCCAGCCUGAUCCACCUGGUGGGACCAUCGGACUGCACGCUGCUGGGCUUCGUGCACGGAGGUGUCACCAUGAAGCUCAUGGACGAGGUUGCCGGGAUUGUGGCUGCCCGCCACUGCAAGACCAACAUCGUCACUGCCUCGGUGGACGCCAUCAACUUCCAUGAGAAGAUCAAAAAAGGCAGCGUCAUCACCAUUUCGGGGCGCAUGACCUUCACAAGCAAUAAAUCCAUGGAAAUCGAAGUCUUUGUGGAUGCCGACCCAUUUGUGGAUGAGCCUCGGGAGCGGUACCGUGCCGUCAGCGCCUUCUUCACCUACGUUUCCCUGAGCAAGGAGGGGAAGCCCCUGCCCGUCCCACAGCUGCUGACGGAGACGGAGGAUGAGAAGCGGCGCUUUGAGGAAGGGAAGGGCAGGUACCUCCAGACAAAAGCCAAGCGGCAGGCGCAGAUGCAGCAGGCUGCCCAGCAGUGAUCCUGUCCCGCGCCGCCCCGCGCUCUCGCAGCCUUCGCCCGCCGAACGUCCAGGUUCCCGUUAGUGUCGUGUCUGGUCCGCGCCGGGCCUCGCACCUUCGCCCGCCCCAGCCUGCUGCCGGAGCUGCCACGGCAGCGCGGUUGCUUCACUGCUGACCAGUUUAGCGCCCGUAGACCUUGUGCUUUAGGUGGCCUAAGCGCCCCGAAAGCUGCCGGGAGCCUUCCCGGUCGCUCGCCAUUCGCCUCUGGAGCCCUGUUUUCACCACUGAAUCCUGUAAGCGGAACGCCCAUGCUGGAGUGGGGCAGAGGCACGUGGCGGCACGAGGGAUGCGAGAGGCCGCGAGUCUUUGUGAUGCUGUGUUAAACUUGCCAGUUAUGUCCUAAAACUGCACACCAAAGCUUACGUGCGAUACUCACGACAGGAAACGCGCCCUGGUAUCGUACUGAAUGUCUCGGACCAUUUUGUUGACAUUUCUAGGUAGUUUCUCUGUGCACAUCUAAGUUAUUUAAGGAAUCCUGUGGCAUAAAUAAAGUCUGUUGUCGUUGACUGAAAUAAAA